CUUAUAGCUCAGAGUUACAUCCAACGAGAACUCUCAUUCAUUAAUCUCGAACAAAACAAUAAUGUCGUACAACGACCAACAAACUCUCCCAAACUACACCUCUGUCGCGGCGAAUCAACCCAUCGUCCACGAAGUUCCCCAACAGACUGGAUACACGCAAACGAUUCCUCAGACCCAGCAGUACCAAGUCAAUAUGUCGGCUGUUCAGCCACAAAAUAACAAUGCCGCAUUCAACGUACAAGAGAAAGGACCAGCAAUAGCAGUACAGCCUAUUGGACAGGCGCCAGUCUUCCUAUCCGCCACACCAUUAGCCGCACUAGGAAGAGCUGGCGCUCCUGCCGAUUGCCCUGCUUGUGGCACAAGGGCAAUGACGCACAUCAAUUUUGUUGCUGGAAAUACUACUCAUGCAUGGGCGGCCGCGUUGUUUUUUUUUACAUUGCACUGCUGUUGCGUUCCUUAUUUCAUUAGUGCCCUCAAAGACGUUGAGCAUAGAUGUGGGGGAUGUGGUGUGCUCUUGGCUACUGCACAUAAGAGCGGUAGAGUGGAGGUUCAUCAGUUUCAGCAGGGGUAAGAGGGGAUGUGACGGAUUAGUGUUUGGACUUAGGCAUGUGCUUCCUUUGGAUGCCCUAAUAACCAGUCUCGGCUGGUUAAAGGGGUGGUCUUCUUCCUGCUCCUGAUUCUCACUCGGGUCCUACAGAUCUUUUCAUUAUGUACAAUAAGCUUUCGUUACGUACAGUAGGCUGCUCUGGAGACUUCCUUGAUGCCUUCAUAUAAGAGCCCUGGAAUCACUCUCCUUUAUAAAGUUAGUUCGGUCAAUUACACUUAUUCGAAC